UUUGAAUUUACCGAAAAAUUUUUUAUUUAGUACUUUUAAAAAAUGAAAGAAACGCCACGUUCUUCAACGACAUCUGUAGAUAUAUCUGUAAGAGGAAUAGACGGUCAAGAUGAUAAUAUAAAUUUUACUGUAAACUCAAAGGAUAAUGAUGAUACGUCGAAUAUUCGAGGAAAAAAUAAAACCAUGAAAAUGAUAUUAUUGACUCAGUGCUUUGCUGGUUUACAGCUUUCCUGGUCAGUAGAACUAGCAUAUGGAACUCCAUAUUUACUUUCUUUAGGUUUAUCAAAAUCAUUAGUAUCUUUAGUAUGGCUUGCUGGACCUUUAUCAGGUCUUGUAAUGCAGCCUAUAGUUGGAUUACUUUCAGAUAAUUCAACGUCUAGAUAUGGUAGAAGGAGACCUUUUUUAUUAGUUGGUGGUUUCGCUGUAGUAGGUUCUUUCAUAUGCAUUGGUUGGACGCAAGAAAUCGUUAAUUUAUUUUUUGAAAGCGGGUCUUCAACGGCAAAUUCAUUAUCAAGAUGGUUGGCAGUUACAUCAUUCUAUGUUCUCGAUUUUGCAAUAAAUUGUGUUCAAGCAAGUUGUCGAGUUCUUAUUGUUGAUAAUUUACCUCCAUCUCUACAAGAAGAAGGUACAGCUUGGGCUAGUAGAAUGAUUGGAAUUGGAAAUGUCAUUGGUUAUUUUUUGGGAUAUGCUAAUUUAGUCGAGAUUUUUCCUUUUCUUGGUAGAACUCAAAUGCAAGUUUUAUGUUCUCUUGCAUCUAUACUUAUAUUAUCUUCAGAUAUAUUGACAUGUUGGGCUGUUAAUGAAAAGAUAUUUACUGGAAGUACAAAUAAAUCAAGAAAUUUUUUUACCGCAAUUUAUGAAACAUUUUCUUCCAUUAUUAAAUCCUUUCGUAAUCUUCCAAGUUAUGUUCAAUUAUUAUGUAACGUUCAAUUUUUUGCUUGGAUUGGAUGGUUUCCAUUUUUAUUUUAUUCAACGACCUGGGUAGCAGAAGUUCAUGCUCGUUCUAUUGGUGAUUAUUCAUCCAAAAGUUCAUCUUCAUCUAAUGAUUCAGUUGGAGAAAAAACUCGUGAUGGUUCAUUUUCUUUAUUAUUAUAUUCAAUUGUAAGUUUAAUGGCAUCAUUUAUAUUACCAAUGUUAAUCAAAUUCGCUGGAAGGAUUACAACAAAUUCAACAAAAUUAUUACAAACCCAAUUUAUACCAUUUUUAACACUACCAAAAUUAUGGACAAUAUCACAUUUCAUAUUUGCAUUUUCGAUGUUAUCAACUUGGUUCGUAACUAAUAUUUUUCAAGCAAGUAUUUUAAUUAGUUUAUGUGGAAUUUCUUGGACUAUAACUAUGUGGGCACCAUAUUCACUUUUAGGAGAAUUUGUUGCAAAUGAAGAAUCUAAAACGUUGGGAACUACUGAACGACGUAAUAAUGAAGAAACAGUAAUUUAUAAUUUAGUUGAAGGGGGCGAUAAUGAUAAUGAUUCGGAAGAUAAUGAUAAUGAAGUUGAUACUGAAAAUUUAAGAAGGACAUCAAAAGAUCUCAAGAAUUCAAAUGUUAAUAUUUCAACCAACUCAGAAGCUGGUGUAUUAUUUGGAAUUAUGAAUACAUAUAUCGUAUUACCAGAAUUUUUAGUAACAUUUUUUAAUAGUAUAGUAUUUGCUAUAUUAGAACCUGGUGGUUAUGAUGAUAAUGAUACGGAUAUUGAUACAAGACAACGUCAUCAAACACAUACUAAUGAAAAUUUAAACGCUGAUGCUAUUGGUUUUGUAUUAAGAUUUGGGGGUUUUAUGACUAUUGUUGCAGGAAUCAUUUCUAUUAAAUUAUGGUACAAAAAAAUAAAAUAAUUUCAAGAUAAUAAUUUUUUAUUUUUUAUUAUUAUAUAGAAAAUAAAAUGGGUCUUGUAUAUUUUAAACUUAGAG